CUUGACACUUACCGUCUCGCAGAACCUGCAACCAACCCACCCAUUCCCAUUCUUUCCCUCCAAAAUGACCUUCUCCCAUGGCGCUGUGAGAUCCGCGCGUCCACAUGUGAUUAUGUCACCGUCGAGGACGUUCUCACUCAGCUCUAUCGCUUCCUCCGCAUUCCUGGGACGCGUGAUGAGUUCAAAGCGGCUCCCAGCCAGCGAGUUCGGGACGUCAUCUCAGAGAUGUAUCGCAAUCGGUGUUUGCGUGCCUCUACAGCUGAGGCAUACGCCGAAGAGCAACGUAAGGGCUUGAAGCGGGUAGACUUCUUAAUGGGGCGGACCACGUUCAUGGGGCUGUCUAGCACAAAAUUGGGUCCAGACACUUGGGUGCUA